UUCUCUUCUUCCCCGAAUGGCCUCCUGCUCCUCUUCCUUCUCCACGCGUUCACCGCUCUACUCCGACGCCCGCAAGUGUAAACCCUAACCCUAAUUUUAAUCCUAAAUUGCGCCAUGCCUUCCCGUUCAUACGCUGAUCUUCUUGACCUAGCCGCUCCCCCACCGCCCCCCGCCCGCCUCCCUCGGGUCAUGACGUACCCCGGCAUCCUCUCCGACGCUUACGCCGACGACUCUUCUACCAUUUCGGGUGGCCCCCUCUCUCCCUCUCCGAUGAAGGAGCGACGCAUCAUCGUGAAUAAUCAUCUCCCCCUUCACGCCGCUCGUGACCCCAUCUCCGGCCAAUGGUCUUUCUCCUGGGACCUCGACGCCCUCGCCUUCCAGCUCCGUUCCGGCCUUCCUGGCGGUUCUUCCUCCUCCUCCUCCGACGUCAUCCACGUUGGCACCCUCCGUGCUGAGAUAGACCCGGCCGACCAGGACGAGGUCGCCCAAAUACUUUCCGAUAGGUUCCACUGCGUCCCCGUGUUCCUGCCCCCCGACCUACACCAGAGCUUCUACCAUGGAUUUUGCAAGCACUAUCUCUGGCCUCUUCUCCACUACCUCCUUCCUCUUUCCCCCGCAGUCCAAGGUGGCCUCCGCUUCGACCGCCGCCUAUGGCUUGCUUAUCUCUCCGCCAACAAGCUCUUCGCUGACCGCGUCAUGCAGGUUGUCUCACCUGACGACGACUUUGUCUGGGCGAACGACUACCACCUCCUCGCCCUGCCAUCCUUCCUCCGCAAGCGCUCCCCACGAAUCAAGCUCGGAUUCUUCUUCCAUUCCCCCUUCCCUUCCUCGGAAAUCUUCGGCACCAUCCCUGUUCGAGAGGAGUUGCUCCGGGCCCUUCUCAACACCGACCUUCUCGGCUUCCAUACCUUUGACUAUGCUCGUCAUUUCCUCUCUUGCUGUUCUCGCCUCCUUGGCCUUCACUAUGAAUCCAAGCGCGGGUAUAUUGGUAUAGAGUACUAUGGAAGAACUGUUACCGUUAAGAUUCUCCCUGCAGGUGUUGACAUGGGGCAACUGGAGGCCGUGAUUUCCUCGCCCGAAUCCCAAUCCAAGGUCCAGGAACUGAUGGCUAAUUACAAAGAUAGAAUACUGCUUCUUGGUGUUGAUGAUAUGGAUAUAUUCAAAGGAAUCGGCUUGAAGUUUUUGGCAAUGGAACAGCUAUUGGCUGACAAUCCUGGGCUUCGUGGCCGUGUUGUUCUAGUGCAGAUUGCCAACCCUGCCCGGAGCCAGGGGAAGGACAUACAGGAGGUGCAGGAGGAGACAAAUUCUCUAGCGAAGAGGAUUAAUGAGAAAUUCGGCUCUCCUGGGUACAAUCCCAUUGUGUUGCUAGAUGGUGGCCCUUUAACUACCGUUGAGAAGGUUGCUUAUUAUGCUGUUGCUGAUUGCUGCGUCGUCAGUCCUGUAAGAGAUGGGAUGAACUUGGUACCUUAUGAGUACACCAUUUGUCGUCAAUGGAGCCCGGCAUUGGAGAAUUUCCCAAAGAAGAGUGUGAUUGUGGUUUCAGAGUUCAUUGGGUGCUCGCCAUCACUGAGUGGAGCAAUUAGGGUUAAUCCGUGGAAUGUGGAAGCUGGGGCCGAGGCAAUGAACUUGGCAAUCACCAUGCCAGAAACUGAGAAGCAGCUGAGGCACGACAAGCACUAUAAGUACGUUAGUUCUCAUGAUGUUACAUAUUGGGCAAGGUCAUUUGAUCGGGACUUGCAGAGAGCUUGUAAGGAUCAUUUCACAAAAAGGUGUUGGGGCAUUGGCUUUGGGUUGAGCUUUAGGGUUGUUGCGCUAGGUCCCAACUUUAGGAAGCUGUCAGUAGAGCAUUUAGUUUCUGCUUACAGGAAGACGAGCAGUAGGCUGAUAUUGUUGGAUUAUGAUGGGACGAUGAUGCCCCAGAGCUCGAUCGAUAAGACCCCAAGCAAGAAGGUUAUUGAUGUUCUGAAUAGCUUAUGCUCUGAUGAGAAGAAUGUUGUUUUUGUGGUUAGCGGUAGAGGGAAAGAUUCAUUGAGCAAGUGGUUUGAUUCUUGUCUGAAGUUAGGAAUCUCUGCUGAGCAUGGAUACUUCACAAGAUGGUGCCGAGAUUCACCAUGGGAGUCUUGCAACGUGGCUUCUGACUUGGAGUGGAAAAGGAUCGCCGAACCAGUGAUGAGGCAUUACACAGAAGCAACAGAUGGCUCCUAUAUUGAACACAAAGAAACCGCUCUAGUUUGGCACCAUCAGGAAGCUGAUCCAGACUUUGGUUCCUGCCAAGCAAAAGAACUCCUUGAUCACUUGGAGAAUGUUCUUGCUAAUGAACCUGUAGUUGUUAAGAGAGGCCAACAUAUUCUGGAAGUAAACCCUCAGGGCAUAAGCAAAGGCAUAGUUGUGCGGAAUCUGAUCUCGACCAUGUCGAAUAGAGGGAAGCCACCGGACUUCGUUCUUUGUAUCGGCGACGAUCGAUCCGAUGAAGAUAUGUUCGAGGCUAUCAUGGGUUCCCCGACGACCGAGCCUUCUCUUCCCGCAAUUUCUGAUGUAUUUGCCUGCACAGUUGGCAAGAAACCAAGCAAGGCAAAGUACUACCUCGAUGACACAGUUGAUGUAAUCAAUUUGCUUCAAGGCAUAGCCGCUGCUUCUGCUCAACCAGCUAGAAGACCUCACCUUCAAGUAUCAUUCGAAGGAUCUCUCUAAUUCUGGAAUAAACAGCUAAAGAUUUAAAUAUUCUUCCUUGCACAUAAUCUUAAAUACCUUCAUAGUCAGCUCUGCACAUGAAGAAUUUCAAAGCCAAAAAAAGCUAUGUAAAUAUCACAGGGCAGCUGUUCUUUUGUUCUUCUUUGUAGCACGCAUAUUACAGGUACAUGAAAUCAUAUCCAUUUUAUUUGCUUGCAUAUACUCUCAACACUUGUACUCCUUUGAAUAUUCUGUAAGAAAUAUCAAUAUUUUCCUUUUAUCUCUCUA